AUGAUCAAGAAAGGUUAUAACAUAGCAGCAGAAGAACAAAAAAAGCAAAAGAAAAGAGAAAUCAAUAAGAAUAAAAACAAGCUCAAACAACAACAACAACAACAACAACAACAUCAUCAUCAUCAUCAUCAUCAUCAGGACCAGCCCAAGUAUCCCAAACCUUCUUCCAUCACUGAUGACCGGAAAUUGGGACCCAAAAGUGUAUUCUUCGACCCUGAAUUAAACCCCCAAGGCAUAGCCCCACAUGGGCUCAAAAACCAUUACUAUCCUUUGAAAUACUCCCAUGAUUACCAGGCCGCUGACAAAGUGAAAUCGAUCCCAUUACCCUCGGAACCCGUCCCGAAAUAUUUCAAGUUCUACGAGAAAUCAGAAUCAUCAUCAUACCAAGCCCCAGAGAUCAUCAAUGAAAACGCCAGUACCGGGGGACUAGUACCCACUGCAUUAUUGGUAAAGAAACGUCAAAGAAACAACCAAAAACAACCAAUCAAUGACAAUUCCAAGAAAGUCAAAUUAGAAACUGUAGCCGAUGAUGAAUAUUGA